UCGAAUUUUCAAAUUUCUCAUUUCGGCUGUGUUUAUUGCUUGCUUGCCUUUGCUCUCAUCGGUUUGUGUGUGCGUACAUUUCUUGUAGGCAACGAAAGAACUAAGUAGAAACUAGCAUAUGCAGAGAAAACAACGAAAACCACCACCACCGCCGCCGUGUAUGCCAAUGUACAUAUUGCGUGGAAUAUUUGUAUUUAUCAUUUUAGGUUGCCUCUUCUUGCUGGCAAUUGUACAGAUACUUUUACGUCGUACAAUGGCAAAGUAAAAAUUCGAAGUUUCAACCAAAUGUCAGUACGUCAAGAGCGUUCAACGAGUACAAAUCAUUCGUUUAUCAAAUUGCCUGAGUGGAUUUCGUUGUGUGCGCUCAUAGUGUUACUAGCAAAAGUUUAUGUCGUAAAUUACGUGCAUAUUCCAUUUGUGAAAUUUUCGAAAACUAUAUAAAUAUAUAAAGAAAUACACAAAUUUGUGAUUUUCAAUAAAAUAUUGGUGAAAACUUUUCAGUAAUUUUUGUAAAAAGUGUGUGAAAAGCUUACAAUUUGUUUUGUGGCAAAGCAUAAAAGCAACGAGUAAACUUUUGACAUUUCGUGUUGCUGCUUUGUGAGAGUUGCGCUCGUACGGCACAAGAGAAAAAAGAGACACGGUGGAGCUGUAGCAAUUCAGUGCUUAUUAUUGUAAAGCAAGAGACCUGCAAGUGGGGGCGACUAUUGGAAUAUAUUACAAAAUAGAAUUUUUAUACUACAAAAGUGCCACAAAUAUUUGAGUUUGAACACUAAAAAUAAUCAAGUGACAUAUAAAAAACUGCAUUUCUUCCAUCUAAUUGUGUGCUAGCAUUAAUCAAACAUUUGCUGUGGGGUGUGGAUGAGGCGUAGAGCAGGCUGGUUCAACGAAACUGUACCCCAAGUGAUUCGCACCACUUGUAUGUUUUGAUAUAACCAAAGUGUUAUUGUGUGGAAGAAUCAACGUAUGAAAAACAAAAGUGGGGAAAUCAACAAGUUUUGGCGCGAAAACUUUUGACAAGUGGUAACCUAACCAAGUAUUUUGGCAUUGGGGAUUGAAAAAAUCAGCAACAACAAAACAACGUGAUUGAGGGAAUUGGUUGAAAUACACUGAGCAAACGUAGAAAACAACGUCAUUGACACAAAAAAAAAGUGUAUAAGGAAAUACUUUAUUUUAUUUUGAAUUGUUUGUGCAUUACUUAAACAAAAAAUAAAUAUAAAACCAACAAAAAAUCCAGAAAAAAGCAACGAGCAUAAGACAAAAACAUUUAUAUCAAGGUUACGUGUUGUUGCAAGCAUAUUGUUGGCAUAAUAAAUAAACACUCCAAACAGCAAUUGAAUUGCGAAAAGACAAAAGGAAGUGUACAUUGCUGAAGGCACUUGCAAAUUAAUUAAAUAUCAUUAGCAUUUUUUUUAAUUUUAUAUUUUUGCACAUAUUUUGUCAAAUUAUUGGACAAGUAAUGACUGCUGCACGCGUUUUAAAUCCUGUCAUUCUAACUGAAUUCUGUAAGCUGCGCGCUAGUCCCAGCGCCAUGGGACGUAAUAUGACCUGCAAUCGUCAAUUGAAUCGCAUAAGGCGUGAUCUUUUUGGUACUGCAAAUCCGGUGGAGACACAAAGAACACUCGCCGCAGAAUUGGACAAACAUCAAGAUCGCGCCAGCAAGAAAUGGGGUUUUGACUUUCGCACUGGUUCACCACUCACCACAAAUACACAAUACGUUUGGGAACGUAUCUCGUAUCAGGAAUCCACACGCGCACCCGAAGUCUAUACACUCACACGUGCGGCACAUGUACGCCCCUUACCGGUGGAACCAUGCAGCGCCGAUGAACUAAUGGACAAACGUGCAGAACGUGAAAAUUACACAAUGAUUAACACAUCAACAACGACGGACACAGAUUCCUGCGGUGAUUAUGACUCACAGGAUGAGUCUUUGGUUGAAUUCAAAGUACCCGAGUGUAGUGGUAAUAAGCGUGCGCAUGAUGGCAGCUCUGCUAAUAGACCAACACUGCGUAAACGCCAGCCAAAAAUUACAGAAUACAUGAAAGAGCGCAAACGUCUCGCCCAAACGCCGAAAAAGGUCUCACCUGCCGCUAAGCGUGCGCGCACCAGCUCCGGCAGCAGCAGUAGUAAUAGCCACAGCGCGCAUGCGUAUAGCAUUAGCGCACAUUUUUCACUGCAACGAAGUUUUCAACGCAAUAAUUAAGCUGUGCAAUGCAAAGAAAACAACAAAAAGAAGAAAAAAAAAACAUAAAGAAAAACAAAUAAAUAAAUAUACAUAUAAUUAGUAUAUAAUUAACUAUAUAGAUAGUCUAUAUAUAGUAUACAUACAUAUAUAAUAAAUAGGCUUAGCUAUACUAUAUAUAUCACGUAUAAAUAGCAAUUAGUUACUUAAAAUGCAAAUGCUUUAAAUAUAUACAUAUAUAUAUUUUUAGUAUAUAUUUAUUAGCGUACAUUGAUAAGCUAAUACUUACAUAAAAAUACAUAUUAGUUGUGUGUAAUACUUUACUUUCGUAUAAAAUUGAUGAAAUUGCCAUAAACAAAAUUAAAUACAUUUUUGUUGUUGAUGAAAACUGAAAAAAUUCA